AGCAGGAGCCACACUCGGGAGGGAGCCCAGCAGUGCCAGGGUCCUGCCUGGUGCCUACAGCUGUGCGCCUGCCUGCUCGCCCAUCUCUGCCCUUGGCAUACGGUUAGCAGCGGUAGCUACAGAGUAGGGGACAAGGGCUCUUCGGCGCUAAUCAUGCUGGACAGCUGAAAACCUCCGAGCCAAAGCCACCUCCUGGCUCUUCGUGAGUCUUGCUUUUCCUUCUGCGGGGCACAAAGCUAGGAGGCGGCAGCAAGGGAAGAGCGGCGCCGGGUGCCUGGAGCCCCCCCUGGAAAGCCUAGCCAGCCAGACCCCUUCCUCUUGCCUUGGCUCCGGGACUCUCUGCAGCCACCUCAGGCUGAGAACGAAGGUGGACCCAGCCAAGAUGGUUACCAUGGUGACCAAGCUGGUGCACUACUUGCACCUCAGCCGGAGAUCUGGCCAAUAUACGAUGAACCAUGAUAACUCGAAGAAGCCCUCAGGGAAACCCCUUUACGAUCGCUCAGGUUCUCAGGAUUCCCUUGAUGAUGUAUUAUCUAUGGAUGACUACUGGAAAGAACUUGAAAACAUCCAUGAAACCAGAGACACUAAUCAUGAAGAACAAGAAGUGGUUAUGGUGAAGGAGCCUGAUGAGGGAGAAAUGGAAGAAGAGUGGCUAAAAGAAGCAGGUUUAUCAAAUCUCUUUGGGGAAGCUGCUGGAGAUUCUCAGGAAAGCAUGGUGGUUUUGGCUACACUGACCCGUACUCAGGCUGCAGCAGUACAGAAGCGAGUGGAGACUGUCACGCAGACCAUGAGGAAGAAAAACAAACAAUACCAAGUUCCUGAUGUGAGAGAUAUCUUCAAGCAGCAAAAUGAUUCAAAGGAAAAAGAAACUGGCAGUGAGUACCAGUCUAUGGAAACAAGAGAAAACCUAUAUGACAUGCUGGUGGAAGCAAAAGAGGCACAGAGUAAUUGUAUCCGUGAUAACAGCUCAAGAAAGGAUAUGUCAGUGUCUGAGACAGACAUCAAUUUGGAAAUAUCAUUUUCCGAACAGGCAGCUAGUCUCAAAGAUAAUCCAGUAGCCAAAGUGGCAAAGGGCAAAGAGGAUGACACGCUGCUUCCAGAUUUUAGAUUGCCAAAGGACAAAACAGGUACUACAAAGAUUGGAGACCUUGCACCUCAGGAUAUGAAGAAAGUCCAUUCAUUAGCAUUGAUUGAAUUGACUGCUCUCUUUGAUGUACUUGGAACAGAACUUAAACCACAAAAAACAAUAAAAAUGAAAGUAAAAGAAUCUGGUCUUUUUGGUGUUUCACUGCCAGUUUUGCUUGAACAAGAUCAAAAGAGGAUGCCAGGUAUCAGGAUCCCCCUGAUCUUUCAAAAGCUUAUUUCCCAUAUAGAAGAAGGACGGCUGGAUACAGAAGGGCUUCUUCGAAUACCAGGUGUUGCAGCAAGAAUAAAGAGUCUUUGCCAAGAGUUAGAAGCAAAGUUUUAUGAAGGGACUUUUAACUGGGAAAAUGUAAAGCAACAUGAUGCAGCAAGUCUUCUCAAACUCUUUAUCAGAGAAUUGCCUCAGCCACUGCUCACUGUGGAGUAUCUCAAGGCCUUCCAAGAUGUACAGAAACUUCCAAAAAAGAAGCAUCAACUGCAAGCAUUGAAUCUUUUGGUCCUCCUUCUUCCCGAUGGAAACAGAUAUACUCUAAAGGCACUGCUUGAAUUUCUUCAAAGGGUAAUUGAUCAUCGAGAGAAAAACAAAAUGACCCUAAAGAAUGUUGCCAUGGUAAUGGUGCCAAACCUCUUCAUGUUUCGUGGUUUGGGCUCCAAGACCACAGAACAAAAUGAGUUUGCUAUGGCAGCUAGGACGGCAAAUGUCAUGCUUCUCAUGAUUAAAUACCAAAACCUUUUAUGGACCAUUCCAACAUUUCUUGUGAACCAAGUAAGAAAGCAAAACAUGGAAAGUCAGAGAAAGGAGAGAAAGGACAAAGCAGUGAAGAAACUGCUGAAAAAAAUGGCUUAUGACCGAGAAAAACAUGAGAAGCAAGAGAAAAGCAUCAGUGAUAUGAAAACUGGCAAUGAUGCUGAUGUUCCUCAGGGAGUAAUACGGGUGCAAGCGCCUCAUCUUUCCAAAGUUUCCAUGGCAAUCCAGCUGACAGAAGAACUAAAAGCUGGUGAUGUAGUUGCCAGGUUUCUCAGCCAGAAAAGUGGAACUGUCCAAGUUGUGAAGAAAGAAGAGGUGUUUUUAUAUGAAAUUGGAGGAAAUAUUGGUGAACGCUGCCUUGAUGAUGAUACCUACAUGAAGGAUUUGUAUCAGCUAAACCCCAAUGCAGAAUGGGUUAUAAAAUCUAAAAACUGCUAAAGAAAUAAUGUGGACUGACUUUUUUUAAUAUUCAGAUGUUCAGACACAUCAAAUAAAAAGAUGAUGUAGUCUUUUGUUGUUUAAAAUGUAUUGCACUGUUGAAAAGCGUAUUGUCAGUGCUACAGUUGGCUUACAGGAGACAUUUCCAAGUGGAUGCUUGCUAUUGCAGGAAAACUGGCAGGGUGAAUAUCUAUGUGAUAUUAUUACUGAUUUUGUUGCGUAGGGAGAAUAUGUACUGUGCUUUGUCUUGGUAGCCAUUGUUUCUUUUGGUAUGGUCCUGCUGAAUUAUUUUACCUUUUCAGGUUUACAUCUUCAUUUGUUAAUGAAGGGCUGGAGUUUUCUUAACAAAGAGAUCUAUAAAUAAUCUUUUCGGAAAAACACCUUUGUUGGGUCAGUCCACCAAACCAGUGUAAAAUAAAUGGUGCUCUUAUUCCAUUUAUAAAUGCAGCAAUAGCAGCACAACAUAUGUCAUUACAAGCUUCCCACAGGCAUAUAUUUCACACGUGCGCGCUCGCGCGUGCACACACACACCCUCUAUAUAAUCUAUAUCUAUAUCUAUCUCAGGUUCAACUCUCACAUUACAUUCCCCACAGUUUUGGAGAAGGUACCUGACUGUUUCAAGGAAUAUUUUCCCAAACAAAUAUGUACACCUAUUGAUAAAGCUACACUUACCUGCCAGUAAUUCCUAUUAUCAAGAUGACUAAAUAAUGAAUUGUUGUAAGUGCAAAAAGCACUGCAUAGUAUCUCCCCUGCCUCCAUAUAGCAACUAUGGAGUGUUACAGUCCUCGAUGGCAUCCUUUUCUCUUCAUCUCUUCUUGAGGAGCUACAAAUAUAAAUAUUCAUAGAGAGUUAGCACUGCAUUGCAUGUCUCACAUUUCCUGUAUGCAACACAUUUCGAUGAACAAAAUAGUGUAGCAUCCACAUGCAAAUUAUUUCAUGUGAAGUAAACACCAUAAAGGAUAUUUUUGUAAUACUCUUACUGGGCAAUCUACACAUGUAGUAAAAGUAUAAUCUGUGAAGUGUCCAAAGUCUGAUCUUCAUUUCAUGGCUGCUCAUCUAAAUGGACUUCCCAGCAAAGGAUCAUAUCCCCCCCACCCCCCACAAUGUCUUAGCUAUAUCCAAAACUAGCAUUGUCAUCUAAAACAGGUGAAUGCCAAUAUCAUGUGGUCUAAAACGAGCAACAUCCAAAGAGAGCAUUUAUGACCUGUUAUGGCUUAGAUGCUUACAGUCUAUUGUAGAACAUACUAUGUCACUGUUGCUUACUUUGCUAAGAGUCACAUGAUCAUGGCACCAUUUUCAGACUCCAGGGCCUUAUUAAAGCAUUCUUUCAAUGGCAAAGUUCCCAGAAAAAAUUACUAGAUGGAGGUUGAGGAUAAACAUCGCAGGGGAGUUUUAAAAUGUGGCUUUUCUCACACCAGUUCACCAGGGAUGGUGUAAAUAGACCAUACUUUUGGAUGGUUACAAGUGGGAAGGGUUAAAAAGGUUCCACAGAUGCCUGGAUCUCCAGCUGCGGAAAAAUAAUUUUUUCAUUGUCUUUGAAAGUAUGCUCGAACUACAUGGUAAUGACGGUGGGGUCAACUCCUGGCAUGUUAUGUAAAAUAGCACUUACAUUUAUAUACCGCUUUAUAGCCGAAGCUCUCUAAGCGGUUUACAAUGAUUUAGCAUAUUGCCCCCUAAGAAUAGUAUAUUAUUUUCCUGUAUAGCAGACUGUAUGCAAAUUAAUAGUUACUUGUUAUAGGUGGGGUUCACAGCAAAUGAAUGGCAAGAAGCCGUAUAGCCAUGUUUAUAAAUGGCUGCACUUUUAGUUCUUCAUAAAGCAAAACCAAAAAAUGUGAGACUGUAUAAAUAUAACCAAAAGAACCAUUUCCUGGGGAUUCCGCAACAUGUGGCAAACUGGAUAGAAGAAAAAUAUUGCACGUAAGGUGCAAGUUGUAUGAUAUCUUGCUAUGUUCAUUUUAAGUAGCUCACCAGUGGCCUGGGGACAGGCUACUGCUGCCACCCCCACUGCUGCCUGCCUGCAUACAUGUGAGUGUGCACCAGCCAUGUCCCUUUUAUCAGUGUCGGACAGAUGUUGAUGUAGGGCAUGGCCAGCACCUGGAAGGGAGGAGGCACCACUGCUCUUCCACGCCUUCUCAGCAGCUGGUGCUUCAUUUGCUGGAUGGAGGAGGACAGGGAAAUGCCCUGGGGGAAGAGCGAGGGGGCACCAUCACAAACUCAGCAGUCCAGGACAUGCAUCCCCUCUUGUUCAAUGGUGGCUAAGCCACUGAUUAUAAGAUCAUCUUUGUUGUCGACCUAAGACAAUAGCCAAGUACCCCCUGUUCUAUUGCUAAAACAAUUUCAGCCUUUUUGGCUCUGUAAUGAACUGACAGAGAGACCAUGCCUUUCAUAGAUUUUAUAUGGACAGGGACACUGAAAAGAAUAAGUGUAGCACGGGGACACUUUGGAAUGGAUUUGCACAGGCAAUUUGCACAGGGAAUAUUCUUGGUUAAUUGUGCCCUUGUCUCCUGCCAUAAAACUGUCUCCAAGCAGUGGGGAAAGGUACAUGAGUAUGAAAUGAGUAACAAAUGGGAAAAGAGUAGCAGCUGCCAGUUAGGUGGUUCUCUGGUUAUAAUUAUGGGCUACCACUGCAAAUUUAUGAAGGGGGGAAGGAGCAGCUUGCUCAUACCGGUAAUAGUUGGGAGGUCAUGAUGGAGGCGGGAAGGGGCAGCUCAUUUCAGCACCAGGCAAGUGUGUGGUUGCUGCCUGUCUAGCAGCUCUCAGCACAGGAACAAGUUGCUGGGGGAUGCUAGCCACUUGGCAACCACGGCAGGGGACUUUUUCAUACCGUGCAAGUACCAGUGCUUCCUAAUUGGUUUUCAGCUCCUGCAUACAGAGUGCCUCUUAUCUCUUCUGUGAUCUCUCAAUGGCUAUUAGGAAGGGCGGGUCUUCCCUUCCUGUCAGCAAAACGCCUCACCUGUUGCUGUUGACAAAGAGGAAUAUUUAUGACACAGAGUUGAUAUUUCUGAAUCUGCAACCUGACACAUGUAAAAGAUAAUGUAGAAACAUAAUCGAGGAACUGCACGUAUAAUAUUUUACAGGCUAUAGCUGUUCCAAACCAGAAUGAACUGCAAAGCGAAUGCUGGCUUUUUGAAUCGGGCACAGUUACUGUUGGUGAGAACAACUGUAGUGAUUGUUUAAAAAUGACAAAUGGCCUGUAGAUUUGAUUUUUAAAAAUAACUUUGGCUGCUGGGUUAGUGCCAUUAUCUUUGUAUUACUGUUUUAAAAGUUCUUUUAUACUUAAAUGAAUUUUUCUUAACACUGUUUUCAUAUUAAUUAUUAGAUUUUACAUUAAAUAUACACAGAAGAUACUCUGUAGUUGAACUGACUGCUGGUUUUUUGUUUUGUUUUUUGUAUCUUUGUUUCCACACAGAUAGAUGUGUAUAUAAAAUGAGAUGUUUUAGAUGCAAA